AUGUCAUGUCCAAAUGAGCUUUAUUUCAGCAUAAACGAACAGGCUUGCAACUGGAGGGCAGAUGUUGAUUGUGGAGAUAGAACUACUCUUGAAGAUUCAAAGCCAGUUGACGGGAAGAGCGAAGAAGUAGAAACUUCUCCCGAAUCCGAUAGAGACGAAGAUGAGGAAGAACCUGAGGAAACUGUGCAAACUGAAAGACCUGUCUUCCCUAUUAUAGAAUUUCUUCCAAAUGGUUGCCCGGUAAAUCGUGAAAUACAUUGGCUGCUGCCUCACGAGAAAAGUUGCAGUCUAUUUUAUUAUUGUGUGCAGGGUGAGAGAGAAGUCAGAAGGUGUCCGUUUUGGUUGCAUUUUAACAGGAAGCUUCAGGUUUGCGACUGGAGGGCACAUGUAGAUUGCGAAGAUAGAAUAAUUGUUGAAGAUUUGAAGCCAGAUGACGAGGAAAGCGAAGAAGUGGAAAGGCCUGUCUUCCCUAUUAUAGAAUUUCUUCCAAAUGGUUGUCCGGUAAAUCAUGAAAUACAUUGGCUGCUGCCUCACGAGAAAAGUUGCAGUCUAUUUUGUUAUUGUGUGCAGGUCCUAUCAAUUAUUUUACUGACAAUUGCCGCAGCGGCUAAUUCAGAAAACCUGUGUCCUAAAAUACAAGACAUUGAUUCGAAUAUUGAACUGUUGUUACCACAUAGGGAUUGUUACAAGUUCUAUCAAUGUGUGCAUGGCCAGCCGGUGGAGAUGUCAUGUCCAAAUGAGCUUUAUUUCAGCAUAAACGAACAGGCUUGCAAUUGGAGGGCAGAUGUUGAUUGUGGAGAUAGAACUACUCUUGAAGAUUCAAAGCCAGUUGACGGGAAGAGCGAAGAAGUAGAAACUUCUCCCGAAUCCGAUAAAGACGAAGAUGAGAAAGAACCUGAGGAAACUGUGCAAACUGAAAGACCUGUCUUCCCUAUUAUAGAAUUUCUUCCAAAUGGUUGCCCGGUAAAUCGUGAAAUACAUUGGCUGCUGCCUCACGAGACAAGUUGCAGUCUAUUUUAUUAUUGCGUGCAGGGUGAGAGAGAAGUCAGACGGUGUCCGUUUUGGUUGCAUUUUAACAGGAAGCUUCAGAUUUGUGACUGGCCAAGGAACGCUGGUUGUAUCGAAAUUGCAGAGUAA